UACCUCCCCUGUCUCUCUCCCUCUCUCUGCGCCACGCGUGGCAAUGGAGGAUCUUCCCCACCACCUGAUCCUCGACAUCCUCGGCCGCCUCCCCGACUCCGCCGACGUCGCCCGCUGCCGGGCCGCCUCGCGGACCCUCAACGCCGCCGCCCGCGGCGUCACGUCCGUCGCCCUCCUCUGCUCCCUCGCCCGCUACCUCCGGUCCCGGUCGCCCGACACCAGGUCCCUCGUCGUCCCCUUCAAGUCACUGGUGGCGAGCGCCGUCCUCGGAUGGGGGGCCGUCGAGUCCGUGGCGAUCGGGGUCGAUGCGUCGUUCGCCGACUCGUUCGAGGACAUGGAGGACGACGAGUCCGGGGACGACAUGUACCUGAUGGAGGUGGGGUUCCUCGCGGGGUGGCUGCCGAGGGUCUGCGAGGGGCUGAGGGCGCUGUCGAUAUCGGACUUCUGGGUCCAGUCUUGCUGGAGGAAAUCGGACGUUUUGGCCCUCGUUUCCUCCUGUUGUCGUAGUCUUUGUGAGCUGGAGCUGAAGAAUGCUUGGCUGUCGGUGGAUGGCUUGAAUCCACUUCCCUCGCUCACCAGUUUGACACUCGAAUUUAUAAGACUCGAUGAUGAGAAUCUGAGCAAGUUAUGUACCUGUUUUUCUCUUCUGCAAGUUCUCAACUUACGCGGCGUUGGUGGACUUAAAGAACCGAAGAUUCAUCUUCCGGACCUCAGGUCCUGCCAAUGGACUGUGUCAAAUGUUCCGAUUUCCCUGGCCAUUUAUGCUCCUAGGCUCGUCAAACUUAGGCUUAAGUGCAUCAAACCCAGAUCUCUCAUCCUUGAAACUCCGGCAUUAUCUGAUUUUGACCUCUCCAUUGUGCAAGCAGAUGAUCUCCAAGUAAAGGACCUUAUUAGUUUGAAAAGCUUUAAGCUUGACUCCCCAUUUCUUUGCGAUCUCAUUACUGCCUUCCCAUCUGGAAAAACAGUGGAGAAGCUUACUUUGAAUACAGAAUUCAAUAGGGAUGUCAAGGAAAUGAUUAGUCUUGAGUUGUUGUUUAAGACAUUUCCUAAUGCAAGCUCUCUCACACUUGGUCCUGGUGCUUGGUCAAGAUUGUGGCCAUCCCCAGGAGGCUGGGAAGAUGGUGCCGAAAUGAAGAGCCUGCAAGGAAUUGUCGCGUGCAUGGUGGUCUCUCAUAUUGAUGUUGUACAAGCGUUUAUUGCCUCUAUGAUGGAUAAGUGCACCAACUUGUCAGAUUUCACGAUUCUCGUGCAGCAGCAGCAUGCUGACUCCGACUUGCUGAGCAACUUGACAAAAAGGUGCACUGCUGAUUGGCCAAGACUUAAAUGGAAAUUUGGAGUCUUUAAGAAAGCUACUGAAGCGUACGGAUUUACCGGGGGCUGGGACAUAGUGUGGCAAAGACAAACUUUUAAAGGGGCACGAUAAGACAGCGUGCUUCUCUUGCUGGAUAAUUUCUUGCUUGGCUUUAACAGGAAAGGGUUUUCCUCAAUAUGAAGGAAAUGAUCCUAUCAGUUGCAGGUGAUGCUGCUGCUUGCCUGCUACUAUCGGCAGCAGCAGUUCUCCAGCAAUAUUAAUUCUUCCUCAUUUGUGAGGAAAAUAUUCAUCGAGAAGAGAAAGGAAAAAAAAGGAUGGGAAAGUUUUACAGGAACCGGAUGAUUUGGAACGUCUGCAAUUUGCAAAUGCUUGUCUGUUAUCACUGUGCCUGUACUGCUGGAAUGAUAACUAAGUGUAACACUUGCAUACUUCGGAAUGUCUUUUGAAUGCAUCAUUGGGAAUUCAUUAGCACCGUUGUUUUUAUUUUAACAAGUAAGAGCAUCCAUAAAUAUGUUUCAUCGCUAAGCUCACUGCCUGAUUGCAUGCAGAGCUAUGUAGGGCCUCGCAUUGCAUGGUCCGUGUGUUAGGAGUCGAAGAAUUAGCGCUGGUUUGAUCCCUUCUUGUGCAACCUGGGCUAAAAAGAGAAAAAAAGAGCUCAUGGCAAAUGUUGCUGGGGGGCGUUCCGAGAAUCGAACUCGGGACCUCUCGCACCCAAAGCGAGAAUCAUACCACUAGACCAAACGCCCACUUCGACAGUUGGUCUAAAUAAUUUGAAACCUCUUUGCUAAUAGUUUGAUUAAUUUAUUGCAAGUAUCUAUUA